GUGACGUGCGCGUGGGGUUGCCGGGGUGAGACGCCGCGCUUGGUGCGGCGUGAAUGGCGCGCUGGGACCGGGUCUGCGAGGCGGGGCUGCGCGCCCGGCGCCCGGACCUGACGGGGAUCGAGACUCGCCGCCACCGCCGUGCUUGUCCGUCGUGGCUGUGAGGUGGGGGUCCCUGUUGCCCAUCCCGGAGCGGAGCCUCGGGCCUCUGUGGAGCUGCGUGGACAGCCUGGCCGGACACGCCGCACCCCAGGGCACACGUCGCUGGCAACGUGUGCGGUCAUGACACACCGUCCUGAAGCCGGCGAGGGCUGCGAGCCGAUGGGAGGCCUGGAGCACGCUUAACGCCAGCAAGCUCUCACCUCCACCACGAGGAGAAAAUGAACAAAUCCCAGGAACAAGUGUCGUUCAAGGAUGUGUGCGUGGACUUCACCCAGGAAGAAUGGUACCUGCUGAACCCUGCUCAGAGGCUGCUCUACAGAGAUGUGAUCCUGGAAAAUUACAACAACCUUGUCUCCAUAGGAUAUUGCAUUAAUAAGCCAGAAGUGAUCUUCAAGAUCGAGCAAGGAGAAGAGCCCUGGAUAUUGGAGAAGGGCUUCCCAGGUCACAGCCACCCAGAAAGGAAAUGGAAAAUUGAUGACCCAGUAGAAAGCAACCAAGAAAAUCAAAAUGAACACUUUUGGCAGCUCGUAUUCACCACCAACAGAACCAUAAGUGUGGAAAGUGGUGCAAGAGUGAGGAAAACUUCCAGUCUGGGCACAGACCUUGUUUCUUCAAGAAAUUUUCCCUGUAAAAUUUGUGACUCAUGUGAAGUGAGCUUGAAAAAUAUUUCAGGCUUACUUGGUGGUAAAAAGAACUAUUCCCGAAAGAAGCCUAAUGAAUUGAAUGUAUGUGAGAAGUUACUCCUUGAUAUUAAGCAUGAGAAAAUUGCUGCUGGAGGGAAAUCUUGUAAAUAUUUACAAAAAAGAAAUGGCCUAAGUCACCGCCAUGCUCUCGUUCAGCCAGUCCUGGACCCACCUUUUCAGUAUGGUGAAAAUGGACAAGGCUUCCAUGAGGAGUCAGACUUUGUAGCAAGUCAGAGGUCUCAGUUGGGACAGACAGCCUGUAAAUACAGUGAAUGUGGAAGAACCUUCAUAGGUGAUUUAAAACUCAGUGGAUCUCAGAGAACCCACUUGGAAAUGGAGCCAGACGAAUGCAGUGUGUGUGGGAAGUCCUAUGUGGAUUUAAGAUUUGGACAUCAGAGAGCUCCCACAGGGCACAGUCCCUAUGACUAUAAUGAGUAUGGUGAAAUCUUCUGUGAUGAUUCAACUUUUAUUAUCCACCAGGGAACCUACUCAAGAAAGAUUUCUCAAGAAUACAAACUGAGUGACAAAACUUGGGAAAAAUCACCCCUCUUUAAACAUCAGAUAGUACAUACGAAGCAAAAGCCCUAUGACUACAAAGAAAAUGGGAAUAAUUUCAGGAAAAAGUCACAUAUUAGCCACCUUCGAAGAGGUCACUCAGGAGAAAAAACCUUUGAAUGUAGUGAAUGUGGGAAGACCUUCUGGGAGAAGUCAAACCUCACCCAACAUCAGAGAACACACACCGGGGAGAAGCCCUAUGAAUGUACUGAAUGCGGGAAAGCCUUCUGCCAGAAACCACACCUGACCAACCAUCAGCGAACACACACAGGAGAAAAACCCUAUGAAUGUAAGCAAUGUGGAAAAACAUUCUGUGUGAAGUCAAAUCUCACUGAGCAUCAAAGAACACACACAGGGGAGAAACCCUAUGAAUGUAAUGCAUGCGGGAAGUCCUUCUGCCACAGGUCUGCCCUAACCGUCCAUCAAAGAACUCACACCGGGGAGAAACCCUUUAUAUGUAGUGAAUGUGGGAAAUCCUUCUGUGUGAAGUCAAAUCUCAUUGUACAUCAAAGAACUCACACGGGGGAGAAGCCAUAUAAAUGUAAUGAGUGUGGGAAGACCUUCUGUGAAAAAUCAGCUCUCACAAAACACCAGAGGACUCACACAGGGGAGAAGCCCUAUGAGUGUACUGCAUGUGGGAAGACCUUCAGCCAGCGAUCAGUGCUCACAAAACAUCAAAGAAUUCACACCAGAGUGAAAGCUCUUUCAGCAUCCUGAAUGUGUGAGACCUCCAUACAGUUUGUCACAAGUGUAGUUUUUAAAAAUGAGAGAAAACCAAAGAUUGUCUUAAGUUACUAGAAAAUGACACCUUGUUUGAAUAUACAAGAGUGUUCCAGAAUUAACGCUUGGCAUUAGUUCAUGUGUACUGAGGAGAAAUCUGUUCAUUUAAGCUAUGUAGUUUAAAAAAGCAAAAA